UAAUUUAAAGAAAAAGAAAAAAAAGAUCCAAAUAAAUAGUGAAGGAUUAUUUUUUGCGAAAUAAUAAUUCAAUAAAUAAUUUUGAGGCAUUUACAAAAGAAACUGCAAUAUCAACUAAUACUGAAUCUAUAGAAAAUAAUUAUAAUUAGCAAGAUAGAUUAAAAGACUUCAAAGUAUAAGCAAGAAGUUUUCUUAUUAGAAAAAUGGCUGAUCAAAAUUUAAUCAAAAAUCAUGAAUUUUUGGAUGAUGAAUUCGAUGUUUUUAAAUAGGAUGAUAUAGAGCAAUAGUAAUAUUAACAAAGCAUUGUCGAUCCAUCGCAUGGUAUGGGGAUGAGUAAUUAUAGCCAUAGCAUGAUUUAUACCAAAAACUUGCCUAUAAACUAAAAUAUGCUCAUGCAGCAAGUUCAAAAAACAGUCGCAGAUUACUCUGAUGAAGAAUAGGAUGAUAAUUAUAAAGCAAUAAAGUGUCUAACAGGUCACUACUAGACGUAACACGAUUAAGACCAUGUAGAAGACCAAUGGAAUGGGUAGAUUGAAAAUUAAGGUGAGGAAUAUUAGGAUGACAUCAAUAUUCAAAUUAUUCACAGUGGCGAAGGAAAUAUGAAUAAAGCAGCUGAUGCUAAUGGGUCUGCUGAAACUAUGAUCAAUAAAUAUACAUCAAACAAUUUAGUUUUUAGUGCAAGUAACUCUAUAAUAAAAGAACAGUAAAAUGGAAAUAACAAUCUGCCUACCAAAGGAAAGACUCUGAUGGGAUCAAGUAUUAUAGCAGGAGUUGGAGCUCCUUUAGAUUAGAGCAAUAUAUCCUAAGGGUAGUAAUAACUAAUGUAGAAUUAACAAAAAUCAAUUUAAUCAUCUCAAUCGCUACAAAAUAACAAAUAAGGUUUUAAAAUGAUAAAGAAGGAAAAGAACAACAAUCUCUUAAGUAGCAGCAGCCUCCUUCAGCCAAAAUCAAUGACAAACAUAGAUUAGCAAUAAAUGGGUGCAGUUAAUAUAAUAAACAACAAUAACUCUUAAUUCUUAUAAUAAAAUCAUCAAAAUAACUUAGAUGCAAGCGAUUAUAGAGAUUCAUUAAAUAAUAACAACAAUAACUUGCGCUCAUCUAUAAAUAAUGGGCUAGGUGAUAGCAGUAUUUUAAUGCACUCUCUUAAUAAUGGAAUUUCUCAUAGAAAUCCUGCCUAGAGCAUUUAAUACAAUGAUAUAAACUAUUACACUAAGAAUGAGUUCAAAUAGAACUAAAAUUAUUUGGGUAGUUCCUUGAUAAAUCCUUAAUAAGAAUAAAUUCAAAGAGUAUAGCAUUAAUUUUAGCAAGAAGACUAACAAAUUCAAUAGCAACCAUCAUCAUCUAUGAUUCAAUAGCAGCAAUAAUAAAUAAUUUAAAAUGACAACAACAUUCUCAAUAAAGUAAAAAGCGAAGACUGCUCAAGCACUAAUGAAUAAUAACCUAUAAAUUAAAUUAAUGGAACGAACUCCACACAUAACAAUAUCAAUUCAUCUAUAACUGCUCCUUUAAAUAAUAGUGCAAAUAAUAACAACAGCCAAACUAUAUCUCCUUAAAUACCUACAUAGAUGGUUACUCCUCCCCACUAAACGACCAAUUCAGCUGUUAAUAAUUAAUCAGGUCACUUCUCAUACAAAUAAACAAAAGGAUCAAAUGCAAGUACUGCUGAAAUAAAAAGAACAACUAAGAAAGUUGAAGUUGUUACACCUAAUCAGAAUUAAAUGAGCUUACACCAUAGCUAAAAUCCCUAAUAGUAAUUAUUACCACCUCCUCCACCUCCCUAACAACUUCACUCUCAAUUUUAAUAAAACUUUUUAAGCUAAAUACCUAACGGAUUGGGAUAUCCAAACCCAAAUUAACCUCCUGCUCCUCCUCCUUAAUAGACCCCUUACGGCUAUCCUUAUUCUCAGCCCCCUUAACCCUAGCCAUAACAGUUUGGGUCUUAGCAAGCUUCUAAAGGCUUUAUCCCUCCUCAUUAUGGCUAAAAUCCUCAUUUAUAAUCUUAAUAUAAUUAAUAUUUAGAAUAGUAGCACUAAUAAAAUUUACUUCCUGCUACUAUCUAAAAUCCUUACUCUUAAGAAUUAGAAAAUAUGUAAUAUAGUGCCUUUUUAUAAUCUCCUUUUCAACCAGGAGGUCCUUAAUAACCUAAUCCUGCUCAAGGUUAAGCUCCUGGUUAUGAAUAUAUCAACCCAGGAUUCAAUGGUCUUCCUUAUAAUGCUUACAAUUAAAACUAUCCCUAGCACCAACCACCUAAUUAAGGUUUGUCUGUUCACUAAUCCCAUCACUUAUUUUAGCACCUUCCCUAAAUUAACUAACCAAAUGGGUUUAAUCCAGCAUUCCCCUUAGGUUUGAGACCAUAAACUACAAAUCUAGCAACAAGCAGUCAUGAUUUAAAUUCUUAAUAAUUUAACCAUGUUUAAAGCAACUAAAGUGCAUAGAUAUCUUAAUUUAAAAUAAAAGAAGAAGCUAUGCAAAAAGGAAUGGACGAAAAAAAUUCAUCAUCUUCAUAAAACAAUAAUAAUUACCAAAAUGGAAAUCUACUACCUCCAUAAAAUUUAGGCAAUAGUAACUAAAUGGCUCCUGCUUUAAAUGGCUAAUCAAAUUAAAAUUUGUAAAACCAAUACAAUCUACUGUAAGGACCUAACUAAUACGCCCAAAUGAUGUUACCAAAAUAAGGAUAAUAAUUAUUAUAGUUUUAAGAUGGAUUAAAUGGAUAGACUAAUAUCUAAGAUCCUCUUAAGUUAGCUUAAAAUUAACCAUUCUUAGGUGCUUAGUUGAAUCAAUUCAAUACUCAGCAUCAACAACAAUAAUUUUUAAAAUAAAAUCAUUUGCUUUAGCAGUAAUAGUUAAAAGUAUAGUAACAGCAGUAAUAAACCCGAUUAGUAACAAAUAACAAUCUUGAUGAUGAAAGUAGAGAAAACGAUGAUGAAGAAGAUGAUAAUGUAAAUAGUGAUGGUAAUGGAGAGCAAGAAGCUAACAACAGUGGAAAACCAAAGAGGCCUAAAAAUGAAACAAAAAAUAUACCUAAAAACUAUGCAAAGGCAUUUUUAAGGUACAUUAUAGAUAAAGAUAGAAUAGAUGAAAUGAAGAAAAUAUUAAAGUAAAUAGAUGCAAAUCUUGAAUAUGAUGAUAUUAAAAAAGAAGCAAAAAAUUUCAAGAAAAAUAUGAAUGCUAUUAAAGAUGUACGUAAAAUUUGGCAAGAUGAUACAAAUGAAAGAACCCGUAGCAUCAGCAAGUUUAUGCGUAUAGCUUCUCAUUAAUUCUUAUAAAAAGAAGCUAUAUCUUAUAUAUUUUCUUCAAAUAAAAUUAAAAAUUCAAAAUCCCAUAUAAUUUAUCGCCAUGUAAUGGGACUAGCCAUGGCUGAUCCUGAAAAAUUUAAUAACAUAAAGAGUUUAUAUAAAAAUGCCUACCAAGAAUGAUUAUCAGAGUAAAUAAAAGCAACUGCAAAAUUAAUAAAUUGUGAUAAAUACUUUUAAAAUGACUUUUUUUAUUUACUUGGUAAAUCAAUGAGCAAAUAAAUAAAUAAACUAAUUAACUAUUCAGAUAAAAUCAUCCUAAAAAUAUUUAAAUAAAUAAAUAAAUACCCUUUGUAAUAUAAAAUUGUUUUAAAAAUUUACGAAUAACUUAACUUUUAAUCUAGAAUAAUAAUCCUUUAUAGUAUUUUACUCUACAAAAUAUGAACUAUUAUUCCAAUCUAUCUAUCUUUGUAAAAUUAAUGUAAUUGAAUACUCUAUUAUCAUUCAAAAAAUGGAAAACUAUUUUCAUCUUCAUUGGCAUUAGAAGAAGAAAUAGUAUUAAUUGUAAUAAUAACAACAUAUUUAUUUACUUCAUACAUUUAAUCAAACUUAUUAUUGAUGAAAAUAUGCAUUGAUUCUAUUCUUUUAUUUAUUAUAGUUUUUAAAAUAUUAUUCAAACAAGCAAUUAUCUAAAAUAUCCAUCCUUUAAUAAACAUUCAUUUCAUAUGCAAAUUUUCAUCAUAGUUUAUAGAAAAUGUUAUUUCGUAAAUCAUCUAUUCCUGUUCUUUUUCUUUAAUUAUAAUAUUUACUCUUAGGAUUUC